AGUUGUGCCCAAAUCAGGAAGGAGAUGUGCUGCUAUAUAAGAGCCCAGGCAGAGACACACACCCAUAGCCCUGUGCCUACCUCUGCAUCCUGCUCCGUUUUGCCUCAGCAGCCUGUGUGUGACUGUGUGUAUAAGCUCGGUGCGUGUGAGCGUGUGUCGGUCGCAGCAGCCAUGCCGGCAGCGUACAAAGGCGAGUGUGGGGAUGAAGUGGACCCCAUGCCCUUCCUGGCCCCGCCAGAGAAGGAGCGGCUGGAGGCCAUGGCCAAGCCCUACGACAUCAAACGCACCUGCUGGGUAAAGGACAAGAAGGAGGCCUUCGUGGGUGCGGAGAUCCAGUCUGAGGAAGGGGACAAAGUCACCGUGAAGACCGUCAAAAACACCACCCUGACAGUGAAGAGGGAAGAUAUCCAUCAGAUGAACCCUCCUAAGUUCUACCAGGCUAGCGACAUGGCAAACCUGACCUUCCUGAACGAGGCCAGUGUCAUGGACAACCUGCGGCAGCGCUACAUCCACAUGAGGAUCUAUACAUACUCUGGGCUCUUCUGCGUCACCAUCAACCCCUACAAGUGGCUUCCUAUCUACGGCUCCAAGGUGGCCCAGAUGUUCAAAGGGAAGAAACGCAAUGAAGUUCCUCCUCAUCUCUUCUCCAUCUCAGACAACGCCUACCACGACAUGAUGAUGGAGCAUGAAAACCAGUCUAUGCUGAUCACUGGAGAAUCUGGUGCCGGUAAGACUGAGAACACCAAGAAGGUCAUCCAGUACUUUGCUAAUGUCGGAGCAACUGGUAGCAAGACCGUGGACUCUAAGGGUUCCCUGGAGGACCAGAUCAUUCAGGCCAACCCUGUGCUUGAGGCAUUUGGGAACGCCAAGACCACGAGGAACAACAAUUCUUCACGCUUCGGAAAGUUUAUCCGGAUCCACUUUGGGCCGACAGCUAAGCUGGCCGGUGCUGACAUCGAGAGCUAUCUGCUGGAGAAGUCUAGAGUGAUCUCCCAGCAGGCAGCAGAAAGAGGAUACCACAUCUUCUACCAGCUGCUGUCUGGACGCAUGCCAGAACUCCUAGAGGCCCUGCUACUGGUCCCAGACCCUAAACAGUACGUGUGGGUGUGCCAGGGCGUCACUGUCGUCGACAACAUGGACGACGGCGAAGAACUGCUGCUCACCAACGAAGCCUUUGACGUGCUGGGCUUCACUCCUGAGGAGAAGAUGAGCGUGUAUAAGCUCACUGGGGGCAUCAUGCACUUUGGAAACAUGAAGUUCAAACAGAAGUCCAGAGAGGAGCAGGCUGAUGUGGAUUCUACUGAGGUGGCUGACAAGGUCUCCCACCUCAUGGGCAUUUCCUCUGGGGAGCUCCAGAAGGGCAUCACCCGGCCCAGGGUCAAGGUGGGCAACGAGUUUGUGACCAAAGGUCAGAACCAGGAUCAGUGUGUGAACUCCAUUGGAGCGCUGGCCAAGGCUGUGUACGACCGCAUGUUCAAGUGGAUGGUCACCCGCAUCAACAAGACUCUGGACACCAAGAUGCAGAGGCAGUACUUCAUAGGAGUGCUGGACAUCGCUGGCUUUGAGAUCUUCGAGUUCAACAGCUUUGAGCAGCUGUGUAUCAACUUCACCAAUGAGAAGAUGCAGCAGUUCUUCAACCACCACAUGUUUGUCCUGGAGCAGGAGGAGUACAAGAAGGAGGGCAUCGACUGGGUCUUCAUCGACUUCGGUCUGGACCUGCAGGCCUGCAUCGAGCUGCUGGAGAAGCCCAUGGGGAUCUUCUCCAUCCUGGAGGAGCAGUGUGUGUUCCCCAAGGCUACAGAGGCCAGCUUCAAGGCUGCUCUCUACGACAACCACCUGGGCAAGUCCAACAACUUCCUGAAGCCUAAACCUGGGAAGCGAGGAGCGGAUGCUCACUUUGAGCUGGUGCACUAUGCAGGAAACGUGGGCUACAAUAUCAGCGGCUGGCUGGAGAAGAACAAGGACCCCCUGAACGAGACAGUGGUGGGCCUGUUCCAGAAGUCGUCCAUGAACCUGCUGGCAGUGAUCUUCAGAGAAGAGGAGAGCGCUGCAGGAACCAAGAAACAGAAGAAGGGAUCUGCCUUCCAAACAGUCUCCAACUUCUACAGGGAGCAGCUGAACAAGCUGAUGAGCACCUUGAGAAGCACAGCUCCUCACUUCGUACGCUGCAUCGUACCCAACGAGUACAAACAGUCUGGUGUGUGUGACGCGCACCUGAUCCUUCACCAGCUGGCAUGUAACGGAGUGCUGGAGGGGAUCCGUAUCUGCAGGAAAGGCUUCCCCAACAGACUACAGUACCCAGAAUUCAAACAGAGGUACUACAUCCUGAACCCCAACGUCAUCCCCAAGGGCUUCGUUGACAACAAGAAGGCUUCAGAGCUCAUCCUGGGCUCCAUCGGCCUGGACGACAUGGAGUAUCGCAUCGGCCACACCAAGGUGUUCUUCCGCGCGGGGGUUCUAGCUAAGCUGGAGGACCUGCGGGACGAGCGCCUGGCCAAGAUCAUGACCAUGCUGCAAGCUCGCCUGCGGGGGUCGCUCAUGAGGGCCGAGUUCAAGAAGAUGCUGGACAGACGAAUCGCACUGAUCGCCAUCCAACGGAACGUGAGAAAGUUCCUCCAGCUCCGCUACUGGGGCUGGUGGAAACUCUACACUAAGGUGAAGCCUCUGCUGAACGUGGCCCGGCAGGAGGAUGCCUUCAAGGCCAAGGAGGAGGAGCUGAGGGUGCUGCAGGAGAAAGCUCAGGAGCAGGAGGGCAGGAUCAAAGACCUGGAGGAGAAGCUGGCUACCCUCUCUCAAGAGAAGAACAACCUGGCCCUGGCACUGGCUGCAGAGCAGGACAGUGCGGGCGAUGCUGAGGAGCGCUGCACCCAGCUGGUGCGGCAGAAGGGCCAGCUGGAGGAGGGCGUGCAGGAGCUGAGGGAGCGGCUGGAGGAGGAGGAGGGGAACGCGGCCGGCCUGGCGGCCCAGAGGAGGCAGCUAGAGGGGGAGGUGACGGAGCUGAAGAGGGACCUGGAGGCCCUGGAGUCCACGCUGGCCAAGAACGAGAAGGAGAAACAGUCUCUGGACUCGAAGGUGCGGUCUCUGAUAACAGAACUGGGACAGAAAGAAGACCUUGUUGCCAGGCUCCAGAAGGAGAAGAGAGCUCUGGAGGAACUGCAACAGAAAACUCUGGAUGACCUCCAAUCAGAGGAAGACAAAGUCAACCAUCUGACCAAGACCAACAGCAAGCUCACUACACAAGUGCACGAGCUGGAGGACAGCUGGGAGCAGGAGAAGAGGAUCAGGGCGGAGGUGGAGAAGGCAAGGAGGAAGGCAGAGGGUGAUCUGAAGAUGACCCUGGAGAACCUCAAUGAGAUGGAGAGAGCUAAGCUCGACCUGGAGGAGGUCAUCAAGAAGAGAGACUUUGAGCUGAACAACAUGAACUCCAAGCUGGAGGAUGAGCAGUCGCUCAGCACCAUGCUGGGGAGGAAGCUGAAAGAGCACCAGGGCCGUAUCGAGGAGCUGGAGGAGGAGCUGGAAGCUGAACGAGCCAUGAGAGCCAAGGUGGAGAAACAGAAGGCGGAGCUGUCGCGGGAUCUUGAGGAUCUCAGUGAUAGGCUGGAGGAGGCAGGCGGAGCCACGGUCUCCCAGAUUGAGCAGAACAGGAAGCGCGAGGGCGACCUGGUCAAGCUGAAGCGCGAGCUGGAGGAAGCAGCCCUCCAAUCAGAGGCCUUGGCCGCUGUGCUCAGGAAGAAGCACUCUGAUUCGCUGGCGGAGCUUGGCGAGCAGCUGGAGAACCUGCAGAGGUUAAGGGUCAAACUGGAGAAGGACAAGCAGAGCAUGAAGGCUGAGAUAGAGGACCUGAACGUCACUGUGGAGACCACUCAGAAGGCUAAGCUGAACUCUGAAGUCCAUGUGAGGAAGCUGGAGGACAGUCUGGCUGAAGCAAACGCUCGUCUGGCUGAACUGGAACGGAACCAGUCUGAGCUGAACACCAUAAAAACCCGCCUGGCUGCGGAGAACGGGGAGAUGAGUCGUGAGUUGGAGGAAGCUCAGAGUAAGCUGACCCAGGUGACCAGGCUGAAGGCCUCGCUCACCACCCAGACUGACGAGCUGAAGAGACAGGUGGACGAGGAGAGCAAGGCGCGUAACGCGGCUGUGGUAGGGCUGGCGAACGCCCGGCAUGACCUGGCCCUCCUGAAGGAGCAGCUAGAGGAGGAGUCAGAAGGCCGGGCGGAGAUGCAGCGCCUCAUCUCCAAGCUCAACUCUGAUGUCACUUCCUGGAGGACCAAGUACGAGACGGACGCCAUCCACCGCACCGAGGAGCUGGAAGAGACCAAGCGUAAGCUGGCAGUGCGCCUGCAGGAGGCUGAAGAGGCCGCAGAGUGUUCCCAGGCCAGAGCUGCCAGCCUGGAAAAGGUGAAGCAGAGGCUGCAGGGGGAGGUGGAGGACCUCACCAUCGACCUGGAGAAGUCCAACGCUGCAGCAGCUGCUCUGGAUAAGAAGCAGCGCUCGUUCGACAAGCUAGCGGCCGAGUGGAGCCAGAGGAACGAGGAGCUGCAGGUGGAGCUGGACAGCAGCCAGAAGGAGAGCAGGUCCUACAUGACGGAGCUCUACAAGCUGAGGACCGCCUACGAGGAGACCCAGGACCACCUGGAGACCGUCCGCAAGGACAACAAGACCCUGUCAGAGGAGAUCAAGGAGCUGGUGGACCAGCUGGGGGAGGGUGGGCGCAGCGUCCACGAGCUGCAGAAGAGCCGGAAGAAGCUGGAGGUGGAGAAGGAGGAGCUACAACAGGCACUGGAGGAGACGGAGGCUUCCCUAGAGGUGGAGGAAGGGAAGCUGGUGCGUGUGCAGCUGGAGCUGGCUCAGGUCAAGGCCGACAUUGACCGUAGGAUUCACGAGAAGGAGGAGGAGUUUGAGGUCACCAGGAAGAACCACGCUCGUGCGGUGGAGUCGCUGCAGGCCACGCUGGAGGCGGAGACGAAGGGGCGAGCGGAGGCCCUGAGGAUGAAGAAGAAGAUGGAGGGAGACCUGAACGAGAUGGAGAUCCAGCUGGAACACGCCAACAGGAACAACGCUGAGCUGGUCAAGACCCUCAAGAAGCUGCAGCAGCAGAUCAAAGACCUGCAGGUGCAGAUGGAUGAGGACGGCCGUCAGCACGAGGCGCUGCGGGAGCAGUACUGCCUGCAGGAGCGUCGUCUCUCCCUGCUGCACGGGGAGCUGGAGGAGACUCGAGCAGGCCUGGAGGCCUCGGAGCGCGCUCGCAAGCUCAUCGAGCAGGACCUGCUGGACACCUCUGAGAGGCUCAACGAGCUCAUCGUGCAGAAUCAGAGUCUGACCGUGAUCAGGAGGAAGAUGGAGGCGGAGCUGACCCGGCUGUGUAACGAGAACGAGGAGCUGAUCUCUGAGUUCCGCUCGGCUGAUGAGAGAGCCAAGAAGGCUGUGAUCGAUGCCACCCGGAUGUGUGAGGAGCUGCGUCAGGAACAGGGCCGCAGCGCUCACCUGGAGAAGGUGAAGAAGAACCAGGAGCUGAGCCUGCGGGAGCUCUCCCUGAGGCUGGAGGAGGCAGAGCAGCAGGCGCUCAAGGCUGGCAAACGCACCAUCCAGAAGCUGGAGGCCAGGGUCAGGGAGGUGGAGGGAGAGCUGGACCAGGAACAGAAGCGUCACGUGGAGACAGUGAAGGUGCUGCGGAAAGGAGAACGCCGUCUGAAGGAGCUGGUCUUCCAGACUGAUGAGGACCACAAGACCAACCAGCGCAUGCAGGAGCUGGUGGAGAAGCUGCAGAACAAACUCAAGUCCUACAAGCGGCAGAUCGAGGAGUCUGAGGAACAGGCCAACUCCAGCCUGUCUAAGUACAGGAAGACAGUGCAUGAACUGGACGACGCGGAGGAACGCGCCGGGAACGCUGAGAUGGCCCUCAACAAGCUGCGCACCCGCAACCGUGCCUCAGCCGGGAAGGGCUUCACCUCGGUGGAGAUCGUCCAGGUCACCAAGCCUGCCAAGGGAGGACAGGAGGAGUAGGGUCCUGAACAUACACACACCAAUACCACAGAGUGACACACACCCAGUCCUCACGCGUGGCCCUGCAGAGUGACACACACCCAGUCCUCACGCGUGGCCCUGCAGAGUGACACACACCCAGUCCUCGUGGCGUGGCCCUGCAGAGUGACACACACCCAGUCCUCGUGGCGUGGCCCUGCAGAGUGACACACACCCAGUCCUCGUGGCGUGGCGGUCCAGGCGUGGGAGAAGAGCGCCCCCAUGCAGCAGCCAUCACACCCAGGAAGUCUUGUGACCACCGCGAGAAGUCUGAAACAUCACUGAUAGUCUUAAUGUCAGAGAAUGUGUGUAUGUGUUUCUAUGGAUCUACACUUAAGGUGAUUCUAUAGAUCUGUCUGUGUUUCUGUAUACGUGUGAGUGUGUGUGUGAGUGUGUGAGAGUGUGUGAGAGAGUGUGUGUGAGUGUGUGUGUGUCCUGGUGCCGCCACUAGAGGGGAGUGGGUAAAGCUGUGUUCUCACGUCAACGACAGAGAACCCACCUGUGUGUGUAACACUGUGUGUGUGUACUGGCCUGCUGCUAUGUCUUAAUAAACCACAAGCAAGUUA